AUGGGCGCCCCCGGGCCGGGCCGCGCAGCCAACCGCACCGAGGCGCUGGCCUUUGUGCUCCCGGGGGUCACCGACGUGCGCGCGCUGCAUGCAGCUCAUGCUCUUCGCCGCGCUCCUCCUCACUUAGUCGCGACCCUCCUCCCGGGGGACCUGCUCAUCGUCACCUUGCCGGUGGCCGACCGCCGCCUCGCCGCCCCCGUGUACUACUUCCUGCGGCACUUCGCGCUGCUGGAGCUGGGCUUCCCCUCCGCCGUCCCCCGCAGAUACGGGGCUCUCCUUCCUCCUGGGCCCGGCGGAGCCCCUGCUGCUGCGGUGACGGCCGCCCACCGCUCCCGGGCCGUCCGCCGCCCGCUGCGGCCCCCAGCCCUCGUGAGCACGCGCGUGUGCCCGCGCUCGAGCUGGCCUGCGGGGGCGCCGCCUGCUCUUCCUCACCGGCCCGGCGUCUGGAUGUUCUCCCUCCGCUUCUGCGGCCCCGGCGUCCUCCAUCACUUCUUCCGCGACAGCGCGCCCUUGCUGGCGCUGGCCUGCGCCCACACCGGCCUCCUGCAGCCAGUGCGCUUCCUGGUGGCCGUGCGCACCCUGGCCAGCGCCGUGCUGGUGACCGGCCCCUCCCACGGCUGCAUGGUCGCCACCGUCCUGCACCUGCCUUCCUCGGGGGGUCGCCGCAAGGCCUUCUCCGCCUGCUCCUUCCACAUCCUGGUGGUGUCCCUCACCUCCGGGAGCUGCGCCGUCAUGUACCUGAGCCCCACGCAGACCGGGCGGCUGCGCCUCAACAAAGGACUUGCUUUCCUCAACACCACCGUGUCGCCUCUGCUGAACCCCUUCAUCUCCUGCCUCGGGAAUGAGCUGGUCCAGAAAGCUGGCCGGGAUGUGUUGACCAAGGGGAGAGGGUGUUCUUCUGAGAAGCCCAGGGCAGAAAAUUUCCUGAGAGCUGCUUAUCUGCUUCUUUUUAAUUUUUUCAAUGAAUGCAAUUAUUUCCGGUUUGAGGAGGGAGGAAAAAAAUGCUAG